AUGACAUAACAGAUAGCAAAGUGCAUCUAAAUGGCUUCUACUAUGACCUCAGAAAAGUGAUGAUGAAAAGAAGGCAACUGUUUCAGCUUCUCUGGGUGAUGGAUGGAGAGAUAGUCACUGCCGCUUUGGUGCCAUCUACGAACAUGUCACCAAAUUCUAGCGUGACCCUGGAACAGAAAACAAUGUUUGCCUUUGUGAUUUUAUUAUUUAUUUUCUUGGGAAUCCUCAUUGUUUGCUGCUUCCGAAUUCUUCUCAACCCCUACUGGAGUAUGCCAACCUCAACCUGGGCUGAUGGAAUCAAAGGACUGGAGAAAGGCCAGUUUGACUAUGUGGAGGCUGAUUUAACACUGAUCAAGAAAGAAAAAUCCUGGAACAUCUCUUUGUUUUGUUUCUGGCUUACAUUUUUUCGAAUCUUGUAG